GUGACGCCAACAACACUCUGCAAAAAGGUCGCAAGCAAAGAUUUCGCAUCCCCGCUUGGCUUGAUCGCCUUCGAUAAGUUAAGCUGGGGCGAUCGCCGCUGACAUAUAUCCGUGAGAGAUUGCAGCGGCGCGGCACGGCAUUGUCUUUAACCUAAUUCUUUGCAACGCCGUUUUACGAACGGCUGUCGUUGUCUACAAUCCUCGCUAACUCAACUAUGCGUGCCAGGUGACGUCGGACUUUACCACUGUCGCCUGGGCUGGGAUUGAACUGGCCUUUGUGUUGCAUCAGAGGGCCACGGCUUCCUGGAGCCCUCAUCCACGGCGUCCAGUGACCUGGCAGCGGGGCGUCCCCUUAUCGACGGACGCUAUCUUACAACAGUCCGCAAGAAGAAAGAACCUGCAGAAGUGCAUCUGCUCGCCGAAUGACUGAGCGCGCCAGUGAUGGUGAUGGUGCCGGCUGCGACAGCUGGCUCGAGUUUCGGAAUAUGAGGCUCGAAGAAGUCUGUCAGGUCGUGGACAUCUGGGAGGAACAAGGCUUGGGUCAGGGCACGAACAACGUAAAGAACUUUUACCAGGUGGAUCCAGAAGGCUUUUUCGUCGCCGCCGAUACAAGGACAGGCGAAGUGGUGGCUACGUGCGCCUGUGUCCGCCUGACUCCUUCGCUCUUAUUUAUUGGCCAGUACGCGGUGCGCAAGAAGCUCCAGGGACGCGGCGUCGGACGCCGCCUCUGGAAGACCAUGGAGAAUCGCUGGGGUGACUGCAACGUGGGCAUCGGCGCAGUACCCAAGUACUUCUUCAUGUACCGGGACAAGGGGGGCUUGUCCCACGUCGAGUCCUGGGCAACCGUCAUCUACAGGACGUCCACGGUGACACUGGAAAGGCUACCCACGCCGCCAGAUGACCUUCGUGUGGUGCCUAUCGACGAAACACUGAUGCCGCAGGUGAUCGCCUACGACACUUUCCUACACGGUUACGACCGCGGAAAGAUGAUCCGCCUGACCAUGGGCGACGAAAAAGGCAUCUCGAGGGCUGUCGUGCAGCGGCAGGGCACUCACGACGUGGUGUGCGGUUUCGGCAAGAUCAACAGUAACAUUCCGCAAGGCGCCGUGGCGAGUCCCAUCUACGCGCGGGACCGCGAAGUCGCCGCCGUGCUCCUAAGAGACCUUGUGAAAAACAAGCCGGAAGCCCGAGUCCUUCUCGCCAUGUUUGUGCCGGACUGUAACCGGGACGCCUGCAGCCUUGCCGAAGACCUGGGCUUAAGGGAGUACAUGAGAGUAGCACGCUGCUACCGCAAGGAAAGCGUAUCCCUUCGGUUAGAGCUGGUCUACUCCCAACAUGACUUAAACUUUUGCAUCGCUUGAUGGAAUGCAGACGUCAUUUUGGAAGACAACAAAGGCCGAUAAUUACAAAGUAUACAUUACACAAUUUUUUAUUCUUGCAAUUUUUUUCUAGAACCUUGUAUUAAGCGUUACUAACUUACGCGAUUGCUUUUGCCAUCUUUAUGCCUGAUACUAGAGAUACUAAAUCAAGCCAUGGUGGUGAGGUCAGAUUAACUUAGCUAAUGUUCGUGCUCCCCUCGUCUUCUAUAGUGUUCCCAUGCACGUCAGAACUAACGAAAUAGUCCCCCCGUCAAGGUUAAUUCUUUCGCCUUUUUAAUAAACUAGUGCCUCUCUUCCAA